CAGCGAAGAAGAAGUCAGAUGAUCAGCGACAACAAAACAUUCAUAACAGGAAAUGUUAAAUUCAUGGACAACAUCUCCAAUUAACCAAAUAAUGUACCAACUUGGAUUACCCUUUUGCUGAAGAUCAAUAACUUGUGGAGUUGUAACUGACGUAAUCAAUCAUGUCCUCCUCGGACUCGCCUCUUUCUGGAGUGAACGUAGUGCUUGUGAUGGCCUACGGUAGUUUGGUGUUUGUAUUGCUGUUCAUUUUCGUGAAAAGACAGAUAAUGCGGUUCGCCAUGAAGUCUCGUCGAGGACCUCAUGUACCGUUGGGUCACAACGCACCAAAGGAUUUGAAGGAGGAGAUAGACUCACGUCUGUCCAAGGUGAACGACAUCCGCUAUGAGCCGCGCCUUCUGGCAGCGGAAGACGACCGUCUCUCAUACCGGGGUCAGAAUGGUAAUGGUUGCUACAACUACCUCUAUCGAAUGAAAGCGCUAGACGCCAUCAGAGACACGGAUUUACCUUUCCAUGAGCUGGGUCACAGCUCCAGCGCAUUGACUGGACGGCGUUACAGGAACUGGCUGAUUGAACUGAGAAACUCCAGCUCUCUGGUUAGGACCACGCGCAGCGGCCUCAUUGACAGACUGCUGGAGGGGUACGACAAUGCCAGACAUGGAACAGGGGCCUUUGGAGAAGCGGAAUUUCUAAAAUAUCAGGACGCUCUGAAUGAACUGGCCACAGUGGUGAAGACCCACUCCAGCUCCGCCAGUCUGAGCCAGCAGCACCAGUCGGCUGCUAAGGACCUGACCAGCUCCCCGGGCCCAUCCUCGGCCUCCACCAUCCAGGUGACGUACCUGCCGUCCUCGGGCCAGCGCAGCAAGAGGCCCAAACACUUUCUGGAGCUCAAGAACUUCAAGGACAACUACAACACACUGGAGAGCACCCUUUAAACCAAAUCACAGAGAGAGGGAGAGAGAGCAAAGGAGACGUGAGAGGAGAGCAGGAGAUGCAAACUGGAGAAUCACUGGAACAAAUGACGAGAGAGUUUCUACACUUCAUAGAUUGGGAGGGACCAUAUUGGUUCAACACUGUAUACAGUUCCUGACUGAAGCAGCUGCAGGUGGUUUAGAGUAUGGAUCUGAGCAUCGUGGCAUUUGCUUCAAAGAAAAGACAUGGGAGAAUUGUUUCUAUAAAUGUUUUGCUGUUUAGCGGUAAAACAGGAGGUACCAGAGCCUGACUGCCAUUCUGAGAGUUUUCUCUCAAUCGCACCACAAAGACUGUAGUUGAGCUAAAAACUAUAACUCACCAUCCUGUAUCCUACCAAGACCUUGUCAUAUGCAGAGAUUUUAGGAAGCUGGUUAAAUUCUGACCCUACAUUACAGAGUUGAGACCAUUGCCUUGUGGGUAAUGUACAUUACCUGUGUCUGUGCCAUCCCCUCAUAUCAAGACUACAGAUCCCAUGAGCCUCUGCAGCAGCACUCACCAUAGAAACAUCAACAUAGCUUAAUUUCUGAACAGCUAAACUGUGUAUUACUUUACUGACUCUUAAGUGCACUUUUAUUCCAUUUUAAUGUAUUUCUGCUUGUUCAUUUUUAGGUGAAUGUUUUACAUUUUAAGGAAAUGUGUGUGUGUGUGUGUGUGUGUGUGUGUGUGUCUGUGGAUGUGCUUGUAUGUGCAUUUCUUUUAGUGUGCACACUUUACUAUGUUACACUUGUAAUGUCAUGAACUAGCUUGUGCACAUGUGAUUAACUUGGAGUGCACUUCCUGUAGUCUGUACCUGAAUGUAAUGUUGCCUCAUACACAUGUGAGCCUUUAGAACUGGACCAUAAAAUUCUUCACCUUAGCUAA